AUGUGGGUGGCGCCCAUGCUCGAUCUGAAGGACAACCGUGGCGAGGCGUGUGCCAUGCUGGACGCCUGUCAAGGUUCGAGCUACUUCGAGACCGAACUGCGCGCGCCCAGAAUUGCGAAGACAACGUGUUCUCAACAACCGAGCUUCCUUUGGCGUGUUCACCCACCACCUCUUGUUCCUCUUGACGAGAUCAACGAAUCCACAGCUCACACCAAUGGCUACUUGAGGUUCUUACAGUAUGUCAACUCCUUGCCCGACGUCUACCUCGUGUCAAUGGACCGCGUGUUGGAGUGGAUGAAGGACCCGCUGCCCGUCAUGGAUCUCGGGUCACACCCUGCCUUCACCUGCCCGACCUUUGACCCCGAAUCGGACUGUCCCGACCCGAUCACGUGCGAGUACCAGGAAGGCCUGCCCGACCCCGGCCUGAAGGAGGUCCUGAUGACCAUGUGCAGCCGCCCGUGCCCCAAGAACUUCCCUUGGCUCGGGAACAUCGACGGCAAUUGAGGUCAUCUCGAAGCCCGGCUGGGUCAGGUCCUCGUGCUGGGAAGCGGGGACUACCCAACGAAGAGAUAAUAAAAUGAUUGAUUAAGAAUCUUGGGACUUUUCGUUAUAAUUCAGAUGCAUACAUGUCAAGGACUAAUAUAUUCAAUGAGAAAGUUUUGUU